AUGGCUUCCUCAAAGGACCCCAGGAACUGGAGAGCCAGCCUUAAGGAUUUUAGUGUGGAGACGAGCUCCGGUAUCCAGCCGGUCUGCGCACCCACGGCAGUGCCCACAGCUCACGUCACUUUCAUUAUUGACUGUGCAAAUGGGAAACAAGUCUCCCUGGCUGCAUCCGCCGCAGCGCCACCCCACGCAUCGAGAGCCAACCAGGGAUGUGUCGCCGGGCCCAUGAAGACCUUCGUUAUGUUCCGUGGAGAAACCACGCUGCUUGGGACUCAGAACAUUCCUCUCAGUCGCAGACCCCUUGAUGGAGUCAAGGAUACCUUGCCACCCUACAGAGGACUCGGGGCUCCACAUCCCCUCCCUGCCAGCCUACCUGGUCCCCAGAAUGAUCCUGAAGCCAAGGGGAGCUCCUUGGAGCGUGGAGCUACUGAAAAGCAUUCAACCCGGGAGAAGGUCAAACACUCACUGAAGGCUCUGACCUGUCUCUGCGGGCAGGUGGAGUAG